ACCCCCUUUCCCGGCGGCCCGUUGGUCGCGCCCGGGCGGCUGGAGCGGGCGGGGAGCGCGGCGCGGCGCGGGGCGUACCACUGCGCGGCGGGCGCGGGGGGGGCGCGGCGGGCGGGGCCGGAUGCAGGCGGCGCGGCGGGGUUUGUGGCCGGGCUGCGAGCGGCGGAGGAUGAAGGUGCUGGUGGCGGCGGCGGCGCUGGGCGCUGCCCUCCUGCUCCUGCUGCCCGCCGCCUCGCGGGCCGACGAGCGCAAGAAGGGGCCCAAGGUCACCGCCAAGGUGUUCUUCGACCUGCGGAUCGGGGAGGAGGAUGUGGGCCGCGUUGUCAUCGGGCUCUUCGGCAAGACGGUGCCCAAGACGGUGGAGAACUUCAUGGCAUUGGCCACCGGCGAGAAAGGAUUUGGCUUCAAGGGCAGCAAGUUUCACCGUGUGAUCAAGGACUUCAUGAUCCAGGGAGGAGACUUCACCCGUGGAGAUGGCACUGGAGGAAAAAGUAUCUACGGGGACCGCUUCCCCGACGAGAACUUCAAGCUGAAGCACUAUGGCCCUGGCUGGGUGAGCAUGGCCAACGCCGGCAAGGACACCAACGGUUCCCAGUUCUUCAUCACCACAGUGAAGACACCGUGGCUGGACGGCAAGCACGUGGUGUUUGGCAAAGUGCUGGAGGGCAUGGACGUGGUGAGGAAGGUGGAGAACACGAAGACAGACAGCCGGGACAAGCCCCUGAAGGACGUCGUCAUCGCCGACUGCGGCACCAUCGAGGUGGAGAAGCCGUUCGCCAUCGCCAAAGAGUAACCGCACCCUCCCGGCCCCGCGGCGCGGCGCGGGGGAGCCGGUGGCACAGGGCUGCGGGCCGGGGGCUGCCCCACUCCCCCGCCGUGCCUCUCCCUGUCAUCCCGGGGCAGGGGAGCAGCAGCAGAGCUGCUCUGCCCCCCCUUCACCCGGCCGCCUCCCGGCCGGCCCGCAAGCAGGACGGGGCACCAGCUCCUCUGCCCGUCACUUUUGUAAGAAGCACAUGCACCAAUAAAUGUGACCAAUGUGGUUUUUUUUUAAA